AUGGGGAGCCGAAAGUUAUGCAAAGUAUUUGUGGGAAUCGGUUUGGUAUGUGUUGUGGUCGGCGUUGGCAUUGGGUUUGGUGUGUAUUACGGGCGGAGAUGUGCCGACAGUUGUCUCGGCUCUUAUGAAUCUGAGUCCAAGUUAGGGGUGUUUAACAAGUAUGCGGUCAGUACGGACUCACAGCCCUGCGCUCGCAUCGGAAAGGAGAUUCUGGAGGAAGACGGCAACGCUAUGGACUCAAUGAUAGCGGUGUUACUCUGUAUGGGUGUUACUAUACCCGAGUCCAUGGGUUUGGGUGGCGGAGCACUUAUACUCAUUUAUAACACGAAAACAAACAAAUCGUUUGCUAUAAACGCGAGAGAGAAAGCGCCGGCGGCUGCCUAUAAGGAUAUGUACAAAGACAAGGGUUUCCACAACUCAGUGGACGGCCCGCUGGCCAUUGCAGUGCCGGGAGAACUGCACGGCUAUUGGCAUAUGUUU